AUUUAAGAGUACGCGGUAACAAUGAAUAUAGUGAACAAAUGCUCAAUAUUGAUUCAAUUCAAUGUGAUCAUGAAUAAAUUGUAUUCACUUGAUUGAUAUUUACUUGGAUACAUUUUUGUCAAUCAAAUUAUUGAUUACUUCAAAUCGGCGGUGGGGGGGAGGUCAAAGAUCAAAUCUUAUAAAUGAGUCCUAUUCACUGAGUUGUUGCAUCAUAGUUGUAUGAUUACAUUGACAUUUAGUUUGUGUUAUCAGUAAAAGUUAUACAACUUCUUUUGUUCUAGUGUUUCGGUGUAUCUGUUCUACUCAAAAAUUAGAACAAUCAAAAUGAAUGAAAUCUCUACAGCAUCCAUUGAAGAGACACAGAUUAUCCAAAAAACAAUCAAUAACAUGAUAAAUACUAGAAACCAACAGCACCAAAUCACCAUGAUGGAUGAACAGUCACUGAAUUCUCUUCUGAUUGGUAUGAAUCCGUCGCAAGAAAUCCUUAAACUGAUCCUGGCUUUAUACGCUCUGAAACUACCAAUUCAUUCACUACCCAAAGAGAAUAAAGCUACUCAGACUGAAGAUCCGACAAAUACGUCACUUAUCUCAGGUUAUACAGGACUGUCAUCAAAAUGUGUGAGUAUUUCACAAGUGGCUUCCAGUAUAUUCAGUUCAAACAGAGGAAAUUCAAUGAACGACAGUCAAGAAAAGAAUUCAUGUCCAUUUAUUCGAGUUGUAACGCAUAAAAAUGGUAUACUCGUUCAUUUGGGCCAACUGGUCAGUUUAUCUGAGGAUCAGAAAUCAUUUAUCAUGCGCAAUGUGAUUAGUUUCGACCCGUUAAGAGUACAUGAACGAACAAUUUCAACAUUAGAACCAGCGGAAAUUCUUGCACUCACUGAAUCCAAACUUCAAAGUCAACAUGGUAAAAGGGGAAAUUUAUUGUCUGAUUAUUUACAAAAUCAAAUGAUGUUCAAUGCUUCAGUGAACUCAUCGUGUGAGAACAGUAAACAUGUGGAUAUAUCAGAGCAAAAACAUGAGGCAGUGCACGGUCCGUUACUUAUCACUCCCAGUGAUGUCCUUAUUCGUUUAAGUGAAGUACGCGAGUUAAGCAUUGUUCCAGUAAUUCGCUUUGACCAUCCUAAGCAAAUGCGAAAAGUCAGCUUGAAGGAUGGAUCUGAAAGAAUAACUGAAGUCAAGAAAUAUGGCCCCAGUCAAGACAUCGUUAAUACAAGUAAAUUGUCAGAGAGUACAAACAAGCGGUCAGAUUCAUCAUUACAGUGUAAUGAAUCUACGGAUAUUACCAACAGCUCUAAAAGUCUAGAUCCAUGUGACGAUACUGAUCAAUUAAGUGAAGUGAUGACUAACGGCUUUUCUAAACGCAAGGAAAUCGACCAGGAAUUUGGCAAGAAGACUUCAAUGAGGAAAGAAAAGAACAAGGUGAAAGAGGAAGUUGAAAGACUAGAAAAAGGAAAAGGGAAGUCGAAAUCUUCGAUGAAGCAUUUAGAAUUCUCCGAAAAUAGAUCUACCACACAAAUAAGCUGCAAUAACAGUACGGACUGUAACAACAAACAAAGUGUCCAACAAAAUCUACAAAAACAAGUCCCAGUAGAACAGAACAAAAACAGUGAAGCAAAACCACUAUCUUUACACAAAACAAGAAGACGUAACACAUCUGCAGAAAGUAGAAGGCGACGAGAAAGACGUCUUUUGAACAAGCGAAGAUAUUCAGAGUGACCUCGCUUCGAUCUUCUUGGAACUUGUCAGAGCUGCAUGUACCUGAGUAUACUAGUGAUGAUGUUCUCAAUGAAUUCAUGUCUCACCUCAAACACCAUUAUUAAUAGACCUCAAGUACACCCAACUGACGAUAAAUUCCCAAUUUUGUUAAAUCUUGUGCUUAUAAAAAACAGUGAAAUCGACUGCAUGCUCAGUUAUUUUAAUAAUAGCCUAUUAAAUUAGCGUUGUUUAGCCCUAGUUACAUACUUUUUUCAGUGAUUUAAUGUUUACCACCCAGUAACGGUUGUCAGGGUGGCAUUUUCUUUUCAUUUCGUUCGAAUAUGUGUUAACUGAAAUGUGUGCUUAACUCAAAGGAAUUUAAAACUAACAUACUCUGUGAUGUUUUCAAACAUUUAAAUAAGGGUCGAGUGAAAGAUAUCAGGUUCUUUUUCAAACGCUCAUCUUUCAGAUUAUUGAAUUGUGAUCCAAUAAUCCCCAUUCCUAGCCUUAGUCUAGUCGACAUUAAGCUAGGUGACUGCACAAAGUGCUGACUGUUGAAAAAUUCAAUAUCAGGGCAAAAUGACUACAUAGUGCAUUCUAGUUUACGCUGGUACUACAACCAACAUCCAUCCGUAAUGAAAGUCGACCCACAUAAAACAUUUUUCAUGUAACACAGUUCCUUCUGUCAAGACCGUUUGAAGCAUAUUUGGAAUGGUCCCUACAAUGUAACUUGUACUAUUGUCUAAUUGUUGAUUUUUUCAAAGAAUCUGAACUUCUUCUAUAGCCUCAGGUGAUUAGAACGAUCUUUAAGGAGAGAUAUUUUUUAGAAUUUCAGUAUUCAGAAAGAUGAAAUACUUUCUUCCCACUUCAUCUAACACAGUGAGGA